UUAGUGGAUAACGGCCAUUUCCCCGAGGAUGAAGAAGAAGAAGAUCAGUUUUGUGUUCCAGUUUGGAAGCGCAUCUUAAGACCCAAUGCUGUUUCUGCUAUUGUCUUGGAGCUCGUUUCUUCUGACAGACGUCGCUUCCUUAAACCUGACGGUGCUGCACACUAACGACAUUCACGCUCACUUUGUACAAACGAACCGUAGGGGGACUCGGUGCAGACCUGAGAACAAGGAGAAGUGUGUUGGCGGUGUAGCCCGCCAGCUCUAUGUGGUUCGCAAGUUUCGUGAGGAAUUAUCGAAUGUUUUAUAUCUGAACGCUGGCGACAACUACCAAGGGACAGCCUGGUAUUCCAUACUGAAAUACAAGCCCGUGGCAGAAGUUAUGGAAAUUCUUCGCCCGAAUGCGAUGACGUUGGGAGCACAUGAAUUCGACGAUGGACCUAAGGGGCUGGCUCCUUUCUUAAGCGCAAUGCGGGACAAAGUGCCGGUUGUCUGCUGCAAUGUCAAUUUUUCCCUCUCGCCCGAGCUGAAACAUCUUCAAGUGAGCAAAUCUGUCGUUUUGAAAGUUGCAAACACCGCAGUCGGUGUCAUCGGUGUUAUCACAGCCGAAACCAACCUCAUCAGUGAGCCAGCCCCCGUUUUCUUCGAGGAUGACUUUGAAUGUAUCCGCCAGGAGGCACGACGGCUUCGAAACACUGGAGUGAAGGUCCUCAUUGCCCUAACACAAGUUGGCUAUCAAGAGGAUCUAAGACUAGCUAGUAAUAUAUCGGAAAUCAGUCUCGUUGUUGGAGGCCAUUCGCACACCUUCCUCUAUACUGGAACGAAACACCCGGACGAGGACAUCCCUCAGGGGCCAUAUCCCACUGUUGUGAGCCGUACUGAUGGUACCAACGCACUAGUCGUCACGGCCUUCCGCUAUGGAAAAUAUCUGGGGCACAUCGAUCUCCUGUACGACGACAAGGGUGACCUUAAAAGCUGGUCGGGUGCUCCUAUUUUCCUCGAUGGUUCGAUCACUGAAGAUAAGCAGAUGUUGGAACUUUUACAAACCUAUCAAGGAAAUGUUACGGCAGCGAGCAAGGCUGUUAUAGGUUACUCUAAAGUCCUCCUGAUAGCUGACAACUACGUUUGCCAACUACAAGAGUGCAACCUGGGAAACUUCAUAGCUGACGCGCUAUUUAACUACUUUGCCGAGAAACCAUUACAGACUGGUGGUUCCUGGUCAAUGAUCAAUGGCUGCAUCUUAGACUCCGGAAACAUAAAGGGGUCUCUUCUACCGGAGAGUGACAUAUUGAGAGAGGACCUGCUAGAGACGAUACCGUUCGACAACACUCUAUUUAUAGCAACGCUCACUGGUCAACACUUGCGGAAAGUAUUCGAACACUCGGCAAGGAAAUAUCCUUUGAACGGAGAGAACCCGAGCAGCGCAUUUCUGCAAGUUUCAGGAAUACGAGUCACUUAUAACAUGACAAAACCAGCGGACCAACGUGUGCAUUCACUAGCCAUUUUGUGCACCAACUGUACCGUUCCACACUUUGAACUGGUCGAGGACAAUACCAUGUACAAUAUUGCUGUGCCCUCAUUCAUCGCCAAGGGCGGCUACGGCUACAACUUCACAGGCGCCACACUGGCAGACACUGGAACAGUUGUACUAGAAGCAGUAGAGAGAUAUUUCGCCAAGAUGUCGCCUGUGAAAGCCGGGAUAGAAAAGCGCAUCACCAUUCUGCGCGCCGCGAAGAUACGGCCUUAUAGGAGUGAUGCAGCGUCGCUCCAGAAACUACGUCUUCGUUCGGGCAUUACUUAUUUACUCCCCUGUUCAUCUACAUAGACACGCAUGCAUGAUGUUGAGAAGCCAAAUGAUCACCACAAGAAACAACCUAGAGAGUGGCUCUUGAGCAUUAGCGGUCUGUGGAGUCAUGGCUUUAGCAAGCGGAUUCCGAGUGAUGACAACGCUGCGUCCGACCACAAUGGGAACUACCGGAGACAUCUUCGUAAUGUAAGCUUCAAAUGCCUCUACUCCGCCGAUAUCUGUCGAACAAAU